GAGCACUGAUUCUCGGAGCGAGUGUGACUAGCACUGCCGGCAUCACUGGUAACGAGAAUGCAGGGUAAUCUGGUGGUUUGGACCACUCUGUGUCUGGCUGUUGUUGCCGCUGUGCAGAAGGACACGUACACCGCGGACAAGACUUACCUGACUAAACAAAAACGUCUUUAUCAACUAUUUUGGCAUAUUGAUCAACCGACUACUGUUCACCCCGAGUUCUAUCAAGUCGCACGCUCAUGGAAUUUGGAGGAUCAUGUUGAUGCUUAUCCUGCUGAGCAUCAGUACGUCGUUCAGGAAUUUGUUCAGCGCUGGAAGUACGGUCUUCUCCCGCGUGAUGCAGUCUUCACACCCUACCAUCCUGAGCACUCCCAGGAAGUGCAGGCUCUAUUCAAGCUAUUCUACCACGCCAAGGACUUCGACACCUUCCAUAACAUGGCCGUUUGGGCCAGAUUUCACGUGAAUCCCUACCUUUAUGGUUACACCCUAGCUGUUGCCAUCGUCCACCGACCUGACACCAGGAACAUCCGUGUGCCGGUGCUGCACGAGGUUUUCCCUCACCUGUACUUCAAUAACGAGGUCCUCACGACAGCGUACCGUGUCAAGCUGGGCGAUUCCAGUCUGAAGAAAACCGUUGACGUUAAAUACCACGACGGCACCGACUUAGUAAUCCAUUCAAACUACACCGGUUGGUACAUCGUGCACGAUGACACAGAGAACAAGCUGAGCUACUUCACCGAGGACGUUGGUCUCGGCGAUUGGUACUUCCACCUGGUCCACGAUUACCCGUGCUGGCUGAACAGCCAAAACUACACCCUCGCUAAGGAAAUUCGUGGUGAGCUCUACUACUUCGGACACAAGCAGUUGCUCGCCCGCUACUACCUGGAGCGUCUGUCCAACAACCUGGGAGAAAUUGAGACGAUUGAUUUGCACGCGCCCAUCGUCACUGGUUACUACCCAACAAUGAAUUUGCCAAAUGGAUUGCCAUUCACCCAACGUCCCUCGUGGACCCGUGUUCCCGUGCACAUGAAUCAGUUGGUCAACGACCUCGAGCAGAUAGAAACUCGUAUCAACACAGCCAUUGCUUCUGGCUACGUCCUGGACAACAGCGUGCCCCCGAAGCAGAUCAACAUAUACACCCCAGAGGGUCUGAACAUCCUGGGUAACAUAAUCGAAGGAAACAUGGACUCCUCCAACAUCCAGAUGUACGGUAGCGUGGAUCAUCUUGCCAGGCGUAUCCUCGGGUUCUCCCCACUGGCCAUCGACAAGAACCACAUCGUCCCGAGUGUCCUGGACUACGUCAGCACCAGCAUGAGGGACCCGGCCUUCUAUCGCAUCUACAAGAAGAUCGUCACGUACUUCAUGCAGUACAAGAAGAACCUGGCGAUGUACAGCCACGAAGAGCUGGUCUUCCCUGGAGUGAAGAUCGACUCUGUUGCAGUUGACAAGCUCAUCACCUACUUCGAGCAGUUUGACUCCGUCAUCAGCAAUGGUAUUCCAGUGUCAUCCACCAAGGAUGCUGAGACCUCUGUCAUCAAGGUACGUCAGCCACGUCUCAACCACAAGCCUUUUACCUACCACAUCAGUGUCACCAGCGACAAAGAUGUCAAGGGUACCGUUCGCAUCUUCAUGGGCCCCAAGUACGACGUUCAUGGUCAUGAAAUUGAUUUCGUCCAGAACUACGUCAACUUCCUGGAGGUGGACCAAUUCAUCGUUGAUUUGAAAUCCGGCCCCAACAAGAUCAAGCGCAACAGCGCCGAGUCCAUCUACUUCGUCCCCGACGAAUUGCCGACGACGGUCUACUGGAAAAAAAUCGUGAAUGCCAUCGAGACCGGUGAGACCUUCCAGUACAACGGACAGCUGUUCGGUUUCCCCGACCGCAUGGCCCUGCCCAAGGGUAAGAAAGAAGGUCUUCCUCUGAAGCUCUUCAUCUACGUGACGCCCGUCAACGAGGAUCAGACUGUCACGAUCAAGUCACCAGUGUGGGGUACAACUGUCGUCGAUGGCAAGCCUAUGGGCUUCCCCCUGGACAGGCCCGUCGUACGGCACAUGUUCCACGGGGUACCCAAUGCCCACUUCAAGGACGUCGUCGUCUUCCACAAGCAGAUUGACGAGCUGAACCAGACCGGUCAGACUAUGUACCUUUAUAGUCAUGAAUGUAGCACGAGAUCAAUAUUCUGGCGUUGUUAUCGUCUAGUCGUUAAUGAGAAAAUUACCCGCUUCACGUUUUCACAAGCUGCUGUUAUUUUCCGCUCUCCGUACUUCAUGAAAUUAGGGAAAUCAUGGACUAUAAAAGUCAAUGUAAUGCUGAAAGAAGUAUUCAUCCUUUUAGCUGUCGCGAUUAUCGCGGGUGUCAGCGGUGGCUUUUAUUUCACGGAACUGACAGCCGAUCAGGAUUAUCUAUUAAAACAGAAAAAGAUUUUUCAACUUUUCUAUCAUGUCUCCCAGUCUAACAUUGUCAAUCCCGAUUUGUUCAAAGAGGGACAGGAGUACAGUAUCGAAGCGAACAUUGACUCCUACACGAACAAGGACGUUGCCAAUUACUUCCUAGAACUGUACAAAUUUGGAUUCCUCCCGAGGGGCGAGCUAUUUUCCCUUUACUAUCGGAAACACCUGGAGGAGACCAGAGCCCUCUUCAAGCUCUUCUACUACGCCAAAGAUUUCGAUACCUUCUACAAGACCGCUCUGUGGGCUCGCAAUUAUAUCAACGAGGGCCAAUUUCUCUGCGCACUCUACCAGGCAAUUAUUCGUCGACCAGAUACACUCUUCAUUCACGUACCACCACCCUACGAAUUUUAUCCGUACGCCUUCUUCAACAGCGAGGUCAUCGAGGCAGCAAAGAACGCCAAGAUUUACAAUAAAUUUGCUGAAGGUAAUUCAUACAUCAUCCGCGCCAAUUACUCGGGCUGGUACUUGAAUCGAGACGAUGAUCCCGAGAUGAAAUUGAAGUACUUCACUGAGGACAUCAGCCUCAACACCUACUACUUCUUCCUCCGCCAGGACAACCCGUGGUGGCUCGGCAGCGAGGAAUUCGGCCUGGCGAAGAGCUACCGUGGUGAAGAGUACAUUUACUCGCACCAGCAGCUGCUGAAUCGCUAUAACCUGGAGCGAUUGGCCAACGGACUGCCAAAGGUCGAGUACUUCAUGUGGGAUGGAGAGUUCCCCACUGGAUAUUACCCGUCAAUGGUGUACCAUAAUGGACUGCCAUAUCCUCAGCGUCCAGCGUACAGCAAAAUCCCGCAGUACAAAUAUAAGUUCCUCUACCGAAUCCAUGACAUCGAGUCGAGAAUAUCAGCAGCGAUUGACCUGGGCUACAUAAUCGAUGCCGACGGUACUCAGCACAAGAUUUACACUCCAGAAGGUCUGAAUCUCCUUGGAAACAUCAUCGAGGGUAACAUGGACAGCUGCAACAAAGACUACUACGGCAGCCUCGAUAUAUUCGGAAGAAAAGUUCUGGGCUUCAACAUGGAGCCGAAGAAUCCCUACCAGGUUGCUCCAAGUGCCCUUGAAUCCCUCUCGUCUUGCCUCAGAGAUCCAGCCUUCUACCGCUUCUACCAGAGGCUGAUCCACUUCUACAAAAAAUACAAACGCCACAUGAAGCCAUACACCAAGGACGAGAUAGUCUUUCCUGGACUGAAAUUCGAAUCAAUAGCUGUGGACAAGCUGAUCACCUACUUCGACGAAUUCGACGCUACCAUCAGCAAUGGACUGCCCAUUUCGAGUCAGCAGGAGGCUGAUAACUUUUUAAUUAAAGUCCGCCAGCAGAGGCUAAAUAACAAGCACUUCACGGUGCACUUCAGCUUGAAUUCAGACAAAGCACAGAAGGUCGCCAUUCAGCUGUUCCUCGGGCCCAAAUAUGAUGCCCAGUACAAUCCCUUGGACUUCACCGAGAGCUACCAGUCGUUCUACGCACUUGAUUACUGGGUCACCGAUGUUAAUGCUGGAGUCAACAAACUGGAACGAGUGAGUCACGACUUCUACUUCGCGAUGGCCGAUCGCGAUCCCAGUGAGCUGAUCUACAAGAGAAUCGAGAAGGCCCUGGAGGGAACGGACAAGUUCAUUUACAAAGCGAAUUUGUACGGAUUCCCGGAGCACUUGCUCCUGCCCAAAGGCCGACGGUCGGGCAGUGCUUAUCAGCUAUUCGCUUACGUCAGCCCAGUGACCGAGCCUGUCAUGUACAAAUCCCGAGUGUUCGGGUAUUACGAGUACGAUAACAAGCCCAUGGGCUUCCCCCUGGACAGGCCAAUCUACUGGCCAUACUUCCAAGGACCCAACAUGUUCUUCAAGGAUGUCUCGAUCUAUCUUAAGCUCGACGUCGAUCCUAAUGCCACCACAUAAAUUCUACAUUUAAUGUCUCGCGUCAUAAACAUGACGAUGAACGAGUGUUUGGCAUGCUGAUUAUGGAAAUUACUAAGUUUUCCUUUUUAUUAAUAAAAAAAGUAUGUGGGCACUUAAACAACGAUUUUUCUUCAUGUUAAAUAGCAGAUGCAUUUGAAUUAAAGAAAAGGAAAAGGGAGCAAUAAAAUUUCCUCAAUCUGAA